AUGUCAUCUAGUGGUGGAGGUGCUGCGCAAGAGAACAUCACUGUGCUAACUGGUAACACCACCUCAGAUUCGUUCGAUAUUGUCGGAACUACAGUUAGUGCGAUGAAAUCACUUCUGAAAUGGUCACUGGUCUGCGAAGAAGUCGAGAAGAAAGAGCAGUCUCGCAUGGAAAAAAUCGUUGGCCCACUUGGACACGAUCCAACCGCUCCUGAUGACUUGAAUACCGUCACCGACACCCUAAUGUUUGACUCAGCUACGUAA